GUUGUAUGAAUUACUUCCAAGUUCACUGUCCUGGGUCAUCCCUGUCAUAGAGUCAAUUAAAGUGGGGUCUUCUGGAUGAUAUUUCCACCAGGCCCUUAUUAACAUAUUCCUUUUCUGAUGCCUUCUUUUAGGAGUCAGAGUCACUGUUUCCUCUGGCCAAAGAACAAUAAUAACAAGAAUGCCAGGCUUUAUUUUAAAAUUUUUAGGAAAAAAUACUCAAAGAAUAUCUUCUCUUUUUUGUACUCUACACCAUUGUUGAGACUGUUCUUUAGACCUGACUUGUUAGUGGCACUUGAAAAUAUAAUUACAAAUAGUAUUAUUAAUAUCUGUUCCCAACUUGAACUGAAAGGCAUUGCACACACCCACCACACACAUAUGCGUAUAUACAUAUAUAUAUACACAUACAUAAAUGUAUAUAUUUACAGGAUAUCUCAAGAGUUUUAGUAGGAAAACUGUAUAUGUGUAUAUAUUUUUGCUUCGCUCUUGUUCAAUCAUGUCUGACAUUUCAUGACUCCAUUGGGGUUUUCUUGGCAAGAAUACAAGAGUGAUUUUUGCCAUUCCUUCUCCAACUCAUUUGACAGAUGAGGAAACUGAGGCAAACAGGGUUAAGUGACUGUCCAUGGUCUUGUAGUUUAGUAAGUGACUGAGACCAGAUUUGAACUCAUGAAGAUGAUUUUCUUGACUCCAGGCUUAGCACUUUAUCCACUGUACCACUUAGCUGCCCAUGUGUGUAUAUGCACAAUAUAUAAACACACACACACACACACACACACACACACAUAUAUAUUUGUUAUUAUUUAGUCAUUUUUCAGUCACGUCCAACUCUUUGUGACCCCUUUGAGGGCUUCUUGGCAAAGAUAUUGGAGUGGUUUGCCACUUCCUUCUCCAGCUUAUUUUACAGAUAAGGAAAUUGAGGCAAACUGGAUUAAAUAUCUUUCCAGGGUCACAGUUUAGUAAGUGACUAAGGCCAGAUUGGAACUCUUGAAGAUCAAUCUUCCUGACUUCAGGCCUGGCACUCUAUCCCUGGACCACUUAGCUGCCCCUGCAUACAUAUGAAUACAUGUAAAAACAUGAAUAUGUGGACAUACACAUGCACAUAUACACGUAUGCAUGGAUACAUACACUUUCAUUUUGCACCCAGGAAGGUGAGUUGCAAGCUCUCAGUAAUUCAAAGAGGAUGAUUUAGCCUAAUAUUUCUUUUGAAAGUUUUCAUGUGAUAUUGAAUUGCUAGAGAAUUAAGCUUGAGUAUUUGAGAAGUUUCCAUUGGGUUUCCAUCAAUUUAAAAAAACUGUCUAGCCAAUGUCAUGUGAUAUUCUCAGCUGUUUCAAAUCUGGUGAUAAUAAGGCCCGUGGCAUACAAAGCCUGAGAUUGGGGCUCAUGCCAACUGAGAGGAAUGCCUCUGAAGGUUUAGGUGUUGGGUGGAGAUGGCCUGGGACUGAGGAGAGGGAGACAUUCUGGGAAGCCAAGCAGGGACAAAGACCAUGAUUCCACCAGGAGAGUGUAUGUAUGCUGGGAGGAAAAGAAGAAAACCUAUUCAGAAACAAAGACCUGCUGUGGGGAAUGAAAAGUCCAAUCCUUCGAAGAGGCACCGAGAUCGUUUGAAUGCUGAGCUGGAUCAUCUCGCCAGUCUGCUGCCUUUCCCACCUGACAUCAUUUCCAAACUGGACAAGCUUUCAGUCUUACGCCUCAGCGUCAGCUAUCUCAGGGUGAAAAGCUUCUUUCAAGCUAUUCAGGAGCAACACUUUAGGACACAAGGUGACCACACUGUGAAAGAAGAUCAUCUUCCCACUGGGGUUGCCAUGCCAGAAGGGGGACUGCUGCUAGAAUCUCUUAAUGGAUUUGCUCUGGUGGUGAGUGCAGAAGGAAUGAUAUUUUAUGCAUCAUCAACAAUCGUGGACUACUUGGGCUUUCAUCAGACGGAUGUAAUGCAUCAAAACAUAUACGAUUAUAUUCAUGUGGAUGACCGCCAAGAUUUCUGCAGACAGCUUCACUGGGCCAUGAAUCCUCCCCAGAUGGUGUUUGGGCAGCCACUGCAGUCAGAAACAGGGGAAGAAUACAUUCUUGAUAAGCUGCUUAAAGCUCAGGAAUGUGACAGCAUGUCAACGGAGUACUCUGCCUUUCUAACCCGUUGUUUCAUCUGCCGGGUUCGCUGCUUGCUGGACAGCACUUCUGGUUUCCUGACAAUGCAAUUUCAAGGAAAACUCAAGUUUCUGUUUGGACAAAAGAAAAAGACGCCAUCAGGAACACUCCUGCCUCCUCAGCUUUCGUUGUUUUGUGUGGUGGUACCAAUUCUUCUCCCUUCUGUGACAGAAAUGAAAAUGAAAAAUGUGCUUCUGAGAGCCAAGCAGAAAGCUGAUGUGGCAGCCUCCACGGAUGCCAAAGCAAAAACUGCAGCACUAUGUGAAUCUGAAUUACAGGGAAGAACACAUUUCCAAGGAGUAAAGAAUAAUGGAGAAAAUGGUGUUUCUGUGUUCAAAGUACAAGCAAAUGAUGAUCACUGGGUCUGGGUACAAGCCAACACUCAACUCCUCUAUAGGAGUGGUUGUUCUGACUAUCUCCUAAGCUCACAGCCAGGGGCAAACAAUAGGGAAGAGGAAGAACAUCUGAAGAUGGCAGGCAGCGCAACCAGUGGAAAAGGACGAAGAGAAGCACUAAUGUAUAAUUGUUCCAUUGAAACGCUGGGACCCAUGAAGCAUCUGAACUGGAUGGCAGAAAAACAUGAUCAGGAUGGUGUAAAACUGAAGCUUGAACCAAAUAAAACGGACAAAUGUUUUUUACAAGACGAAGCCCUGAAUUCUUGCACGCCCUACCCCGGUGUCCAAAACACAUGUAAUACAAACAGUAUUUCUGCCUUCAGGAGUUCAUCCAAUUCUCAACCUAUGAAUGCGCCCCUAAGUGCCUACCCCAACCGAAUAAUCAGGCCUUUCUAUAAUGGAGAUCAGGGUCAUUUAAACCCUCCUUCCAGCUGCCAUCCCCAUCAGGGUGGGAUCGAGAAUUGCCAGUCUUGUCCAGGCUUUCAGCAUCUCGCCGUGGGAAGCUAUGCUUCAGAAAAUGUUAAAUUGCAAAGUGCAUUGAUACCCCCCGAAACUCUAUACAAUCAAAUGUUGCCUCUAGACAUACCCAUCAAAAUGGAAAAUGAUUCUGAUUCUGAUAAUGGAGUGGAUGGCUACCCCAUAUCACAAAGCCAGGUGUGGCUGGGGGAAGGCAGUGUGGUCAAGAGACAUCUUCUUAGCUUCCCUAACAGGGUGCAUUUUAAAACAGAACCGGAUUUCACCGAGCACUUGGCACCUUGUGAAAACCCCAAGCAUUACGCUUAUCCCCCUCACCAUGGACAGUGCGUUGUGAACGCUCAUGCUAACAAUAGAGCCAUCAGCAGAUCUGGGAAAGAGAUCGCACCCUUUUACUCGCCAAACUGUGCCUAUCUGGAGCGCGUGCACGGCCUGCAAGACCCAGAAUACUACAACCACUUGUAUAGUCCCAGCUCGACAAAUAUGAAGGGACAUACGGAGCAUCCGCCUUAUAAGCUACAGUGUGAUUUUAAAGCUCCUGGAAGGGUCCAGAUGAUCAAACGUGAACCUUUGGACUCUCCUCCAUGGGCUAGUCAUGGCCAAAGUGGUGUGCAAGUGAUUUUUCCUAAAAAUGCCUUAUCAACCCUGAUGCCUCAUAAAACUACAGAAUGCACAUUUUUACAAUAGACUCCUAGUCAUUUCUAAUAUAUUUUUUAAAAGCUCUGCCUAUUUUCCAAAGUGGUGUCCAACAUUUUCAAAUGUAUUCCCUCCAACUCAUGGGUUGGCUUGAAAUGUUUGUUCUGAGUUUGGAGGCCAGCCAAAGAGUGAAUUUCCUUUUUACAGCACGCUUAAGUUGUCAGAUUAUAUUUGAAGCCAUUUUUAAAAUGUGGUCUUCUUUGUAGUGUUGCACGAUUUCAGCUCUGUUUGAUGUCAGGAUGCUAGGUGUUAGAGAAUGCUUAAAUCUGUGUGGUCUUAAGCACAAAAUAUGUCCAAUUAUAUCUGUGUUUCCUUUGAAGUACUAGAAUUAGUUCUAAAAAGAUUAAAAGCUGGAUCUCUUCUACAUGGCCACGGUCUCUUCUGCAUACAUGCAACAAAGUCAACUCUGAGUUACCUCUGAUGAUUGAACAAUGGCAACACGGAAAAUUGAAUUAGAUUUUAACUCUUCCUACGUCAGCCUUUUCUAAGACCUGAUAACAUUUCAUUGAGUUUACUGAUUCUCUUUUCCUCUGGCAGCAAUAUCAGGUUAGUACCAAGAAAAAGUGAGCACAGAGAGAAGUAAAGGACUUGGCUGGUUAAUACUUAGUAGGUGGUUAAGACUCUGAAGUAUGGUUUAUUAUAAUAUAAUAAAAAAAUAACUGAACCCUAUUCUCAGAAAUGAUUUGUGAUAUGUGGAAGGAUCAGCAUUAAGUAAAAAGGUGUUAACGAGUCAUCAACUACCUUACUAGUUAGUACACAGUCACGAUAAGCUUUCUGAUUGUUUAAAGUCUAUGUGGUUUAGAACCAAGACAUCCAAGACUAAAUGUUGCAUCAAGAAAUCAAGGGUUUGUAGAGAAUAGCUUAAAAAGCUAUGAAACAGUGAGGUGCUUUUGCUUUUAUUCAUAAUAGUUUGAGGGGAGAUAUAUGGGCGUAUGGAAUUUGAUCAUGUUUGCUAAUAGAACCUAUUACAGAAUGCUAAAAAUUUGGAUAGACUGCACAGCAGAGUGGAUAAAGGACUAGCCUCAGAGUCAGGAAGGCCUGGGUUUAAGUUCUACCCCUGACCCAUACUGUCAAUCCAACCCUCAGCAAGCCAUUUGAAUCUUUGCAUUUCUCUAGAAAGCUCCCUUAAGACUACAAAUUAUAAGCGAGUUGUAGAUUUGCAUCCAUGGAGAGAGUUCCUUAUUAUCCUCUCCCUUUGGCUUUUUCAAAUGAAAAUGAUCUUAGGAGGAAGAGCAAAGAAAAUCCUUCCUAUCACAAAUAUCCAAAGUGUUGUUGGAUAUUAUCAGUUGCCCAAUCUUUUAGGAUUCUAAUCCUAAUCCAAAGAAGGGCUGUUAGAGAUGGGAUAGGUUAAUGAAAUCCAGGGGGUGGCAUGCCCAUUUUUUAAUACUAAAAGAUUCUCACCAGGCUCCAUAUUUACUUGUGAGUUCAGAGUGCAUGCUAAGGACUCCUGCCAUCAAAUAGUAGGCCAAAUGUGUGAAAAACAAAGAUGGAGAAUAUUCAGCAUGAAGAGAUAAUUUAAAAAAAAAAAAGGAAUGUGUCCAUGUUUUCAUUUUUUAAAAUAGUAUUGAUCAUGGAUCAUAGUUCUAGAACUUUUUGUUUCUCUUGUUCAGUGUUCCAUUGGCGGUCUGAAUUCCUCAACUUUAUGUAAUUGGAACACCCUAUUCUUGAACACGUAACAUUUACCCUUCAUAAAACUAUAGGGCAUAUAGCACUUUUAUGAUUAAUUUUAUUUGAGAUUGCCUAAAACCCCGUUAAUUAACUGGAACUGGGUCAAGUUUCAAAACCAGGGAAGGAAAGUGGUCUAGAGUGCCAAUCAAAUCCAAAUCAGCUUCUAUUCAUUUUUUUUGUUCCCUUAGAUUACUUUAGUGCUUGGCUACCAUUUUGAUGGCGAUGAUAUUUAUCUGAACGUAUCUUCUAGCAUUAAAAAAUUAUCCUUUGCUUUUAUGCUUUUGCUAAAUCAUUCCCACAGACUAACUUCAUGAGCCUUUAUGUUGUGGUAGCCUCUGAAGGGCCAAAUUUAGGUCUGUACUGGCCCCUUCCUGUUCUCAGAUCAUUGGAUCAGAGAUUUUGAAAGCGAAAAGUCCUUAACAUUCAAAUUUAAAAUUUUAAAUAGAUUCUGUGAGCCCACAUCAGUACAUUUUCCACUGUCUCACAAUCCUCUUUUUUAAGGGAAGUUUUGCCCCGACUGGGAAUAUUAAGCUUCUCUCAGGGAUGCAGGCUAUGAGAAAGAGAAUUUCUUUCCCCUGUUACUAGUGUUUGUAGUGGGCCUUUCCCACAUCUUCACUGACACCAGAUUGUAGGACAGCAGAAGCUAUGAGUGAGUGCUGAUGGCUAUUCUCCCUCUUGUUUGCCAAAGGCCUUCCUAGCACCAUUCUGACAGUUGUGAUGAUUCAGGUCCCCAAGGCCAACAGGGUGCAUUGAGGAAAGGCUCUCUGCCAUCAAUAUCUCCUAUGGCUACUUGACUAUCACAUGCAACUCCUUUCUGUUGAGUCUUGUCUUCUCCUUUUGGAAUUUUCAAAUGAAAAUGAUCCUAGGAGGAGUAGCCCAGAAAACCCCAUAUAUCUUCAUUUUAACGUACAUCCCGUAUUCCUUUCCUUUGUAUCUCACUGACCAAGGCAGCCAUGAAGUAUUAGGAACCUGGGGAGAGGGAGAAAUGCUAAAGUGAGGGCUUAGGUAGAGCGAAAGGAAAAGGGAACAGAAAUGAGAUAAACAGACACACUUCCUACUCUGAAAUUUUACCGAAGGUCAGUCUUGCAUCCCCAUCUCUCCCUACUUAUUGUGAUUACAAAUUAGACUGUCUUGGAAAUCUUUUGACCCCGUACAUAGAGUAUAGUCAGGAUGGCGCUGGGGGGGCUGAGGGGAGGUAGCAAAAACUAGUUUGGGUGCAAGUGGCAGAGAUUCCAUUUUGGAUUUGAAAAACUUUCUUACAAUUAGAGCUCCCCAAAAGUAGAAUAAGAGGAUUUUCCUUCUAUUUGAGAGACUUCAAGUGAAGGCUAAAUGAUCAUUUGUGAGGGGUAAAUCCUUUUUUGAUAUGAAUUAAACUAGAUGGUCUCCAAGCUUCUUCCAGCUCUAGGAUUCGAUGAUCCUGUGUUCUAAUUCACAUUCUUUUGCAUACAGAACUAGUUCUGGAUCUUUCCAGUUGGCUAGGUCCGAAUCAUAACUAUACUUUCUUUUAAAAGUGGUAUUUGAACUUGAAUUUCCUAUAUUUGUCUACCACCUGGAUUUUCCUCUUUGUUCCUGGCUGCCACAGUUCUUAUAUUAUUCAUCUACUCAUUCUCCUCUCCCUGCAAUGUAAGGUUUAAGUCUUCCUUCAUAGUUGUAAUCUGACUCAAAUGAGCUAACAGAUGUUUGAUAGCUCUUUGAAAAGUAAAAAAUACAGCAAAAAUACAAAGUAUUAUUAGUGCUUUGGAAUAUGUAGGAGUAAUAUGAACCACACACAAUAUGCAGCACUUAGUGGGGGAAGUGGAACUACUUUCAGAAAAUUCAUUUCAAAUUUUUAGGCUGCAACAACGUACUUCAAAAUAUCUGAAAUCUUAACCCCAGAACAAAAAAAAAAUUCUAUUGAGUGAAACAUAUGUUUCUGCAGUCUAGGUAAUAAUCAGCCCUCUUGGCCAGGGCAACCAAACACAAUGCUUACUGAGAAAAGCCUCUCUCAAGGAAGCUGACAUUUUCAGUUUAAUGCACUUUUUUCUAUGAACUAUAGCCCAGCUUUAAAAAAUGGAAUCUGGAAGUUAAAAAUUUGUCAUUUCUGCUUUCAAAAAUGCAUUUUCUAUGGUGCCAGUUACAGGUUUUUCUUUUCCUGUUUUAUAUCAUUUUUUCAACACAUGGCUAAAAAAAUAGAAUUAUAAUCAAUAGUAAUAGUGAUGAGGCAAUGAGAUGAAGAAGGGAGAUCACUAAUGUGUAUUUUCUAUUUUAUCAGUUUCUUUAGAAGGAAAGCAGUUUCAUGAUAAAGACUCUUACUUUAUUGCUCAAUUUUUUUAAAACUGGUGCACUAUUAUGUAACUUUUUGUAGUAUUUGCCACUGCCUUUAGAAAGAGCUUUCAAUUGUAUUUCUGAGACUGAUUUGCAUUUAAUUCUUAACGCCAAUGUAAAAUAAAACUUUUGUUAAUAUGUUUAC